AUGGGUUUUUUUCUUUUAUUAUUUAUUACUAUGUUUUAUCCGACAGUUGAAGAUCAAUGGGUGUCAGUUUUAAAUCCGAUUACAUUUUCUCAAAAUACAAUCGAACAUGUUUUAAAUGACGGUGGUUAUGCUAUCUUAAGUGCUGGAAGAAAUCCUGCUACAUGGACCGAUUUACAAUUAAAUGAUAAGACAAUUCAAAAGCGAUCAGAACAAUUAGUAGAUGAUAUUAAAGAUACUUAUGUAUAUUCACCAGUAAUCGGCGUGUAUGAUGGUGGUAUUGAAACAAGUUUUUUUAUUCUCUUACAUAAUGAUUCACCAGAUGAUGAACUUGAAGAUCUUAUUCAAUUAGGUAAAAAAUAUAAUCAAGAUUCUAUAAUUUAUGUGCGGAAAGAUAAGCCAACAAUAGAACAAUUAAUAUAUACAAGUGGUCAUUAUCAAGGUAGACAUGUUGAAGGUACAGGAUAUCAAAAAUUGCCAUUCAAUGUUACUGAUAAUUAUAGUAAAAUAAAAUUAUGUUCAAAUAUAACUUUUACAUUUACAUUAAAUUUCAAUUUUAAAUAUAUGUUUAUUGACAAAAUUCGGAUACGAACUAAUCAACUUAUUAAUCAUCAUAAUCGAAAUCACGAAGCUAAUAAAGAAAGAUGUCGUAAUUAA